CUACAGUUCGUCUGAGAGUCUGAGAAGGCCGUCAGAAAAAUUGCAGAAAGCCAACAAUAUACCAACUCAUCAUCAGUUCAUCACUCCCCCUUCAACACCGCCAAUCACGGAGGCAUUUCGCGUCAUUUCGGCCCUACUUUCCAUCUUAAAUCAGCUCCAAGCAAGCCAUUUCGUGAUGAGCUAGCUAGGCAAUUACCCCCACCCAGCCCCAUGUUAUUUGAUGCCUCAUGUUUGUCCCCUUCCUACCAUUGCCAAAUGCCAACCUGUGCCAUGUCUCAAUAUAUUCUUAGUCCCGCGUCGCCAGAAAGCAUAUACUAAUUAGCUCCUCCCUCCGUGCCAUGGCGGGCGGAGGUAGUUGUUCUUGGCUCCUCCUAGCUCUCUUGCUGCUGCUUGCGGCGAAGCCGGCGCCAUGCUGCUGCGCUUUCCCCCUCAAGUUCAAGGCUUCCGCCAUCUCUGCCCCGCCGGCAAUCCUGCCGUCCUUCCCGGAAUUCGGGGCCACGGCGCCGGCACUGCCGCCGGACGUAAUGCCGGCGUUCCCCACGCCCGGAGGCGGCGGCGCUCCGCAGAGCUCGUUCCCGACCAUCCCUUCUAGCCCGAGCCCGCCGAACCCUGACGAGCUGCAACUGGGCUCCGAGGUCGCCCCUGCGGCCGCCUUGACGUCGGUGGCAGUGAGACUCACCGGCGGGGCGGCGUUGUGCGGGUUGGUGCUCAUGUGGUGGCUGGAUUUCGUGGGGAAUUGAUGAUCGAUUGGCCGAUGCCGCCGUUUGUGAUUAAUUUUUAGAUUGUUUGGCUUUUCAUUGUGAGUUUGUAAUUUAGGGAGGAUGAUGAGAUUCAAUCUUGACAAACUACAUAGAGUAAUUCUAUGAAUGGUGUGGUUAUAAUGUGGUGAUAAUUAUGAUUCUUUUGGUUUCUCUCAUAA